AGGCCUGGGCGGCUGGCCAAAGACGUUGCUCAUUUUGCAGACGCGACCAGAUUCUCAAGACCAGGCCAAUUAAGAGCAACGUUGACGUCGCCGAAGAGCUUGGCAGCAAAAAGCGACCACAAGAAGUGGCAGCAACAGGUGUUGGCAACGGCAACGCGACCAAGUGGCAUCAUUUGCGGUUGCACUGUUGCCAGUUGCCCGCGUCGGGCGCAACGGGAAAUUGGAAAAUCGGAAACAUGUUCUUGCGGCGUCGCGGCAAGUCGCAUAGUCGCCUGCCACUUUCCGCUCUUAUCGGCCUGAUGCAUCGGCAAGUGGAGCCGCAACAGCAGCAGCAGCAGCAAUUUGUGUGUCAUGCUGGUUGGGCAACCAGAACGGCAAUCGCGCUGGGCGUGUUUCUAGCAGCCGCAUCUGCAACAGCUUUGGGCACACCUGCUGUCGCCGCUGCCGCCGCUCCAGCUGCCGGCUCAAUGCAAAUCCAGAUGUUGCAGGUGAACUGCACGCGUGAGCUGCUGGACAUGCAGCUCACAUUGAGUCGCACAUUUCGCGGCCUGCUUUAUGCCAAGGACUUUCCAUUGGAGUGCCGGUCACGCGGCCAGGAUGCCACGCAGAUAGCGCUGCGAGUGCCCACCUCUGGCUGUGGUGUUCGCGCCGAGCCGCUGCCAGAUGGCAGCAUGGAGUACACAGUCCGCAUCAUGCUGCAAAUGGAACAGAAACUGCGCCAAAGUACCGACAUUCUGCGCACUGUGCGCUGCCAGCUGCCUGCCAAGGCCAUGGGCAUGCCCUUGCCGCCGCUGCACGGACGAGAUCGCAAUGCACGAAUGCGUGCUUUGGCCGUUGUCGCGUCCUCUGCAGCUGCGCAUGCUUCGCAUCAUAUGGAUACGCCGCGUGUACGCAUUUGGCUUGAGCUGGGCGGCCCCAAUGGUUCCGGUUCUGUCGAAGUGGGCGUGGCAACCACUCUAACUGUGCGCGCCAUAGUGCCCGGCACAAUUGGUGUGCGCGUCGUGGACUGUGCCGCACUCGACGGCUUGGGUGAGUCGACACAGCAGCUGCUCGACGCCCGCGGCUGUCCCAUAGACGAGCAGGUAAUGCCGGCGCUGCACACAAGGUUCAAGCCCGCCGAGGAGGGCUGGUCCAAGCAGCACGAGGAAGAUCUGGUCGAGCGGACGUUCAUGGCAACAUUUCCCGCCUUCAAGUUUCCUGAUCGCGAGCGCCUGCACGUCAGCUGCGGCGUGCAGCUCUGCAAAGGGAAGUGUCCGAAUCUCAAUUGUCGCCUCGCCGAGCAGCAACUGCAGCUGAACGCCGACCAGCACCUGGCGCGCAUCGAAGUGUUUAACUCAUUGGCCGUGACCGCGCCACAGAUCGAAGUGGAUCGUCUGCGCUACGAUCGGCGCUAUAAUAUGAGUGUGGAGGAUUAUGUGCCGAAUGUGCGUCCGCUGGUGGGCGAGGGCACGCUGUGUUUGUCCAUAUCGAAGCUGGCAAUAUCAUUCUGUAUACUGGGCUCAAUCUUUUUGGUGGCCGUGAUUGUGGCCAUCUUUUCGCUGAUUCGGACACGUCGACGCCAGCAGGGGCGUUGCGCUGGCUUGGGCUUGGCUGGUGCUGGCACCACUGCCAGCACGUCGAAUAGCAGCAGUCGCCUGCACCGAGCCGAAAUCUGUACAUCAAUGUUCUCGUCCAGCAGCGAGUCGGCGCAAUCUGCGCCACGUUUUGGCGGCAAAUUUUUGAUGCCCUUGCCUUACUAUCCAACUACUUUGCCCUAUGGCCGUGUCUAUUAAGUUUGGAGUUUGCAAUUCAUUUGUAACUAUUGUUUCCAUUUUGGGCAUGUUUUGAUACAACAAUUCUAUAGACUGAUGUGGCUUCAAUCUCAAACAUGAAAUUCGUUUAACGAAUACUCAACGAAAAUACCAAAAUAAGUUAUAACUGCACCAUAUGAUUAGUUGAAAGCGUCUUGAAAGCAUUUUACUUUUUGUCGCUAAAAUGCGUUUUGAUGCGCUUUCAUUGUAUUAAUUGUAGCAUUAAUUUCAAGCACAUUCAAUUUUUUUUUUUGGCUUAGUAUACUUAACAGUGCAAUUGUAAUAAAAUUUAAAUUUAAAAA